UCAGAUCCGAUCACGGAGCAGCCGGAGAGACGCAGCGCCCGCGAGAUGACCUGGAUCCAGAACGAGCCCCAGGCCUCGAAGUCGACCGAACCCCAGGCCUUGAAGUCGACCCGGCAUCUUCUCAUCUACGCGAGGGGACACGGCCUGAAUUCCACCUGCUUUUCCGACCGGGAUUGCUCCGUCCAGGGCUCCACCUGCUUCAGCAAUCGCUGCGCCUGCGCCGUCGAUCGCGUCCAGACGCCGGACGGCGCCGAAUGCGUCCUCAGAGGCGACGCGAUCUCGAACGAGGUGGACUGGCCGGGAUUCUCGGGUCGCUCGUAUUUGGCAUUCCCCCCGCUCAAAGGAGAUCUGAGUCUGCAUCUGGAGAUGGAGUUGAAGAGCUUCGCCCACAAUGGAGUCCUAUUUUACGACCAAGGGAGCGAAGACGGAACCGGGGAUUUCCUGGCGCUGUCCCUCAUCGACGGGCACGUGGAACUCCGCUACGACCUCGGAAGCGGAUCGGUGAGGAUCAAGAGCCCCGAACGGGUGAAGCCUGGCACCUGGCAUCGGGUCAGGGCUCAGAGGUAUCGGCAAGACGGGAGGCUCGUGUUGGACGAAGGGACUUGGGUCUCGGGGUCGUCUCCGGGUCAUCUCACCUCUCUUAACGUCAAGGAGCUCGCGUAUGUCGGUUACGUUCCGACUCAGCAUCAGAGGUGA